AUGGGGCUUGGCCGCAGUGAACCCGAUCCAGUACGGCAGGAGCACUGCUCUAAGCCACGGCUGGGCGGGGGCCCCCCGGUUGCUGCCCUUGGCGCAGAGGGCCACCUUGGGGUGGGAGGCCAAAAAAAAGGCAGAAACAGGAAAAGUGAAAUUCCAAAUAAGUCUCAAAACGGGGUCUGCCCGGUGUUGCAGGCGGAGGGGCUGCGGCAGGCGCUGGAGGAGAUGCGGACCCUAUACGAUCGGAACCAGGCGGACGUGUCCGAAGCGAAGUCGGGACGGACGGACUUGAUUUUCCUCAUCCGGUUCCGGCACUGCUGCCUGCUCCGAAACCAGCGCUGCAUCCUGGCCUACCUGUACGACCGGUUGCUGCGGAUACGAGCACUAAGGUGGGAGUAUGGCAGCGUCUUGCCAAACACCAUCCAGUUUCACAUGUCAGCUGAGGAAGUGGAGUGGUUCAGUCGGUACAAAAAGUCUCUGGCUACCUACAUGAGGUCAGUAGGAGGAGAGGAGGGGCUGGACCUUACACAGGACAUAAAACCUCCGAAAAGCCUGUAUAUUGAAGUGCGGUGUUUAAGAGACUAUGGAGAAUUUGAGAUUGAUGAUGGUACCACCAUUCUGUUGAAGAAGAAUAGCCAGCACUUUUUACCCCGCUGGAAAUGCGAGCAGUUAAUCAGACAAGGAGUCCUUGAGCAUAUUCUGUCAUAAGCAUGCGGGACAGGAGGGACAACCGCAACAGUGACUGAACUCAGGUGUGUAGGACUCUUAAGACACCUCAGUGUUUCUGCAGUGGACACCCUGCCUCUCCUCUCAGCAGCCUUGAUACCCAAUACAAAGAUCAGCCCCAAGUUUAUAAAGUAUGCAGACCCCAUUGGCCAGCUCUUCAUGUCUAAAGGGUGCAUGCUGGUAAUGUGCUCCCAGGAAUCCAGUGUAGUGGCAGGGGGUGGUGUUAUCCAAGCCCCACAGCUACAAGCAGGUUUUGUGAAUGCAUUUUUGGAGCAUUUCUUUGUUCACUGUGCAUGUGGGAGUAAGACAGCAACUGGCUGGGCUCUGGAAGCCAAGGGAACUCCACAGUUGCAAAAUAAAGAACUGUUUUGGCCUUCAACUUAGUGUUUUUCAAGAGUUAACACUGUGUUUGUUAAACACUCUGACCUGGCUCUCUGGCUCACUCCAUUUUGACCCUGCAGGAUGAUGCUCAACUCAUUACUUGGGUGUCUCAGUAGAGCUGCUCCUCCAAGUGCCAGAUGAGGCUGCACAAGCUUCAUUCUAGAAUUAGACAUGAAGUCUCAUCUCCUAUCAGCAUCCUAUAAAUGUUUCUUAAGGUACUGAGUGAAUGAGCACUGCAGUCUGGGUCGUGGGCUGACCAGGGUUUCUCUGAGCAUGCUUGGGCUGUGCCUGUGUCCCUCUAUGAAGAGUCUCCUUCCCCAGACCACUGGAGUAGGGGUGGGAAACAGCAGAGGGUUUUAAGGAUACCAGUUAGCACAAAACCAGAGCAAGGCUGAAGAGCUGCUCUUCCUGUCUGGUUUUCCUAAUGGAGCUGUUCACUCUUGAGUAGUGGCUGAGGGAUAAUGCUUUCAAAAAUAUAAGCACUAGGUAAGGCUAGAGGUUUGCCUAGCCCCCAUAUCUGACAGAAGCCUAGAAGCAAAUACUUAGGGUAAGAAUACAGGAACAGGAUAAAUGCCUGGGGUGUUAGUACACUGCUCUCCCAGCCCUAGCCAAGGAACCCCACACCGUUUGUGGGGCUUCCCUCCUUGUAAUAGCCCAGCCUUCCUCAUGGCCCUAGUAAUUAGGGCUGCCCCCAAGGCAAAGAGGAGUCCACUAUCAUCCACCAGGGCAGAAAAAGCAUGUCUAGACCAAGGAGGGCUCAGACACAGCUUCCUGCCAGGGCCAGGUAACCUCUGCCCUGGCAGGCUGAGACUUAAAGGCAAGUGGCUGAAUUUUAGCUCACAGCCAAUUUAUCUUUUUGUUCUUGAACCAACAACAGCUUGAGCUAUUUUUAAGCCUUCUUUGUAUUGACUUUGUACAGCUUCUGCUAUGCUACCCUGAUCCAGUCAGGCUUGUCUAGUCUCUUGUACAGUAGUAGUCUCCAUAGCCUCAAAGAAGCCCUUUCAAAGCCAGUGGCAACCACAACCCCCACGUAAACACCCUCUGCUCUGCACUGCAAGGCAGGGGCACAGUGAUGAUGUAUUCUCUAUGCAGAGGGUAACACAAUAUAUGGAACAAUAUAUAGGGAACAAUAAAUGUAGUAUUUGCUGAUGUGAAUACUUGGCUUUGCGGCCUUUUAGACAACUUUGGCAAGAGCAGUACUCACUGACUGAAGGCUGUCAAGGAAUACAAGAUGACA